GCCUGCCUCUGCUUCCGGCAGGCCACGCUUCCGGCCCUUCCUACGUCAUCGCGACGCGACGCGGAGAGGCUUCGACCGCCGUCAUGGUGCAUCUCGGUGGCCGCCUCCUGAAGGGCUACCGUGGCGGGCACGUCGUGAUCCGCUUCGCCCUCGGAGGCUGCACCAACCGGCCCUUCUUCCGUAUCGUGGCAGCGCACAGCCGGCGCGCCCGCGAUGGGAAGUACCUGGAGCAGCUCGGCUGCCUUGACCCACUGCCCAACGCCCACGGCGAGAAGGUGGCGGGGCUCAACCUGGAACGGCUCCGCCACUGGCUGGGCUGCGGCGCACAGCUCUCCCGGCCCGCUGAGAAGCUCCUGGGUCUGGCGGGGUUCCUGCCGCUCCACCCCAUGACGGUGACCGGCGCCGAGAGGCUGCGGCGGCGGCGAGCGCAGGAGGCUGUCGCGCCCCCUACGGACGGCUCUCCCGGGCCUGGCGACGCGUCCUGAGGGACAUCGUGGCCGAGGGGCUGCCGGGCGGCCCCGGGACAGUGCCGGACCACCCUGGCCCCGGGAUACACCUUGCGCCGUCAGGGCAUCAGACCACAUUAAAGUGUUAUUUGCACGCUC